AUGCAGCCGUCCGUGCCUGCCCCUUGCAGGGUCCUGAAAGGUGUGCACAGUGUGAUUCCUUCCCACCUGCCGUGGGCUUCGCCUCGGCACAUCAGGUGGCAGGCUGAUCAGCGGGCCACUAAGGUAUUGGUACCAGCCCUCCUUACAGUUACAGCCCGCCUUCUCUCGCAACAUCCAGGCAGAGCCUGGCGAAGGUCUGCCUUGCGGGCCAUCAGUCGGAAGAGCGGUCAGGAUGAGCUCCCACACGGUGGGCCGACAGUCGUCAUCUCCGGAGCAAGCCAAGGCACGGGCAGGGCCUUGGCGCUAAAGUUUGCGCAAGAUGGCUUCAACGUGGUGCUGGCAGCUAGGGAUCCAGAGAAUUUGCUGGAAGCCGAACGUCUGUGCCAGGAAACCCUGAAGCCGGGCAGACUCGCCAUGGCUGUUCCCUGCGACAUCACAUCCCCAGAGUCUGUGCAGCUUCUGUGUGACAGCGUGGCGGAGCGCUUCACUGAUCUGCGUGUGGUGGUUUGCAACGCAGGAGUGUGCAUGACGGGAGAGUUUGCGGACACGUCACUUGAGGACUUCCAAUCCCAGAUGAAUGUCAAUUUUCUGGGGCAUGUUGCGACCGUUCGGGCAUUCCUGCCGCUGCUCCUUCAGCACAAUGGGUCGUCCAACCCUGCUCCCACAGUUUGCUUCGUAAACAGCUUUGGUGCUCGGGUGCCUUUGCCGGGAAUGACUGCUUAUUGUGCAGCCAAGUAUGCCUUGCAGGGCUUCGCGGACUCGCUUCGGCUCGAGCUGACCUCGAAGGGAGUGCACGUGGCCACAGUGCACCCCGGAGUCAUAAGGAGCGACUUCCGCACCCGUGCGCAGUGGCGGGGCUCAGCCGCAGGCAGCCGAAGGUCUAUGAUGAACACGCUGUUGGACGGUCAGUCUCCUGUGUCCGGGGUGACCCAGUCGGUGGAGGAGGUUGCUGAGGCUGCCUUCGAAGCUGUCAAGACACGGCAGAACGAGGUUGUGGUGGGCUUGCCCUUCCGCACCAUGCUGGCCGCGUACGGCUUCGGCAAGGCACUGGGCAUCGCCUAA